GCGUGGCAUCACUGGAGCUUCAGGAGAUAAGGGGGACUCAGGUCAGUGGGGCACUGCAGGGCUGAGGGGUGAGCAAGGAGCCAGAGGAGAGCCUGGUGGCAGAGGACCCAUGGGACUGAAAGGAUCUCGUGGACCUGCAGGAAAGCUGGGUCGUCCUGGUUCAGCAGGUCUUCCUGGUCUGACUGGAGAGCCUGGACAACCUGGACAAGUGUACAUCCUACCUGGCCUGCAGGGAGACACAGGAAACCGAGGUCCUUCAGCCACAUGCAACUGUUCACAGGUUCAAACCCCAAAACGACAGCUGAACACAGUCAGGACGAUCUUUAUUGCAGAUGGAGAGAAACAGAUGAGGAGGCUGCGGGGGGAGAACGUGAUGGUGCUGAGGACGGACAGAAAAGCUCUGUACAUCUACACUGAAUCUCAAUGGAUUAACGUACUGGACUACCCCAGGCACUGAACUCACCCCAUUCAACAUAGGCUGAAGUGCCCUUGAGCAAGAACCUCAACCCCAGAUGCUCCAGUGGAGGUGCUAUAUGGCCAGAAGUUCAGACUGUGGUUGUACUGGGGAGCUUCCAAGUGCAAAGGUCCAGUGUUCAUUCCUGCCAAGCAAAUGUACUCAUGUUAAAUAAGGGCUGGCCUGUUCCCUGUAUAGCUCCUCAUCCAUCAUGUUUCUCUUCGCUUAAACGACACUUAUCUGUGCUUUUUUUUGUAAUGUUUUCCUUUUAUGUGGUUUUAUUUCAUGAAUUCAGAACACAUUAUAUAUUUCACCCUAUGGAUUCUGUUGCUGCUGCAGUGAUUAAACUCUGACAUAAAGGAAAAUAAAAUCAGAUUACUGUCUUGGUAUCAUGUCA